AUGACCAACAACGCAUCAAACGAGAAAUAUUCAGCUACAUAUCAAGUCCUAUAUUCUCCACUCCUCCUAGAACAAAUCCUAACAUGGAUCUCCGAGGACACCAAUGGCUACUGGCCCCGUCCUGAAGCACCCAAGAAACCUCAAGCAUUGAAUUCGACUUCGAAUCUAAACCCAAAUUCAGACGACGAUUCCGACUACGAUCCCACAAAAUACAUCGAAUCAGGCGGCGUUCUGCUUCGCUGCGCCCUCGUCAACAAACACUGGUUCCAUGAAUCCACACGCAUCCUCUGGCGCCACUGGAAAGACCAAAAUCUCUGUCGGUCCGUGCUUACGGAAACCUUUGCGAAAAUGAAGCUGGAUCGUCGACAAUUCUACGCGAAUAUGAUUAAUCGCGCGGAUCUACUUCUCAUCGGGGAAUAUAUUGCUUGCCAGGUUACGCAGAGCAUAACCCUUAGCGGAGAACAGCGUGCUUGUCAGGUUGUGCGGAGUAUCUUCGAGGAUAUUACGUUUCCGAAUCUGAGGGCUGUUCAUCUAACUGUACCGGGGCAUUUCGAUAAAAGGGUGGAGAUUCCUAUUUUCCGUGCGCCGAGGUUAAAGACGCUUUUGCUUGAUCCGGAGUAUGAUUGGCUUCCUGUUAGUUAUUCUGUGUCUCAGGAUCAAUGGAAGAUGUUGUUUGAGCUUAUUGUGGACCGGUUUCCGGAUCUUGAGAAUAUUGAGUUUGAGGAUCAGGCUAAGGUUUGGCCGGGUGAGAUUCAGAAGCUGAGGGAUCGGCUUUGUCACCUUAAGAAUUUGAAUGUAUGGGGUGUGGAGGAGAGUACAGUGAUAGGACGUGGGUUGUGA